UGGCUCGACAGCAAACCCACGUGAGUUCGCAGAAGCAAAGUCCAGAUGUUAGUGGACCGGACGGGACGAGGACUUCCAGCUCAAGACCCUGGCCAAUAUUUGACAGAAGAGGAAAAAAGGGAUUUCAGAUAGAACAAAAGCCAUGUCAGAAGACGAAGAGUUGUCGUACAGCGCUGCCAUCCAGGAGGCCAGCAAGUCCAUCUGUCGCUUCCCUCUUAUCCCAGUGAAAGGCAUUCCUCUCAUGAGCUACAUCGCCAAUAACUUUGACGCCAUCUCAGCUUUCUGUCCCGACAGCUCGGACCUCCUCAUCGCCACCUACCCCAAAGCGGGGACAACGUGGACCCAGGAAAUAGUUGAUCUGCUUCUUCACAACGGCGAUGCCGAGACCUGCAGACGAGCCCCCACGCCGGUCCGAAGUCCUUUCCUGGAGAUUUGUAACCCACCACCCAUCCCCACAGGCCUUGAGCUCCUGAGUAAAAUGGCUCCUCCGAGAAUCAUUAAGACACAUCUGCCAUUCCAGCUGGUCCCCGCCGGAUUUUGGGAAAAGAAGUGCAAAGCUAUCUACAUAGCCCGCAAUGCUAAGGACAACGUGGUGAGCUACUACCACUUUGAUCGCAUGAAUUUGACCCAACCGGAGCCUGGACCUUGGGAAGGCUACAUCCACAAGUUCAUGCACGGAGAAUGCAUACUAAUGUGCUCUGCAGUGCCGUGGGGCUCCUGGUACGAUCACGUGAAAGGUUAUUGGGAGGAACGAGACAAGAGGAACAUCCUGUACAUUUUCUACGAAGACAUGAAAGAGAAUCCCAGACGUGAAGUGGAACGCAUCAUGAGGUACUUGGACUUGUCCCUCUCUGAUGACAUCAUCACUCGCAUCGUGGAGCUGACGAGCUUCACAGCAAUGAAGGAGAACCCAAUGGCCAACUACACUUGCAUCCCCAAGAGCGUUUUCGAUCAGUCCAUCUCGGCCUUCAUGAGAAAAGGAGAAGUGGGCGAUUGGAAAAAUCAUUUUACACCUGAGCAGUCGGCAGAGUUUGAUGCGGACUACGAGAGGCAAAUGAAGCAAGCGGACAUCCCGUUCAGAACGGAGUUCUACUAAGACUUGGUUGCGCCAUUUCAACAGCUCCUACUUUAUCUUGAGUUUGUUUCUGUAUCAGGGCUGCAGGAAAGCUAACGGAACUUGCUACGCAGGAAUGUGUUUUAAGAAAUUAUCAUCAAUCCACUUCUGGGUUGAAAAAAAAAAAAACAAUCUACCGUAAAAGCUCGAAAAGAGAUAAAGACGGCAUGAGUCAGUCUCCAUCUCUUCCUGGGGACCAGGUGUUUCUGGCGAACGAAGGUGUUAAAGGCAAAUCCAAGCUCUCUGACAAAUGGCAACCCGACGUCUUCACUGUUGUGGCAGCAAAACCGACCUUGCAUGUCUACCGGGUUCAGGGAUCGAGAUGGAAAUGAACGUGUUGUUCACCGGAACCUGUUUCUUCAGGUCAACUUCCUGCUCUUGGCUCCAACCUCGAAUGUAAAUCAAUAUCCCUGACUACAUAAUAAACAAAAUAAAAGUUGCUUGUAUUAGGGUUUGUUUAAGCAACAGGUUUCUUUAGCAAGUUCAUUUUAAUGUCAUUGAUAGUGCUGUACAU